AUGGACCUGGGAUGGGAUGCUGCUUACAACCAUUCAUGGGACACAUCUGCGUUUCGUCUGACCAACGCCUUCGCAACACCUAUGGGCGUCGUCCCACUGGAGGACGCAAUGAUGGUUACAUCCUCUGGAAGCGCGCCAGAGUCGUCGACAACCUCUGCUAAACCUCCCCCAAGAUCAACCGCAAGAGCCGUGUCGAGUCUGAGCAAGAAACCUCCCGGGUGA